GCGUGUAAGAAUGCCUGCCGGGGACCCCGAAGCCACAGACAGCUCGGCAGCUUGUCUAUUGCCUAUAAAAUCCAGUGAAUGUGCCGGGCUGAAUGACAGGAGGGAAAUGGGGCGUAAAAUUAAAGAAUCUUUCUGUAAUGGCGAAAGCGGGAAGCAAACACCGGCCGAUCGUGAGCUGAAAACCAAAGAAGCGGAGAGAACUAGCAAGGAAGCGCCUUUUAAAAACCGCAGAAUACCAUAUCUACGCAAAGAUAUCUGACUUUUCACAAAACAUCUUCAUUAACGAUUUUACCGUGGAUUCAAAUAUGACUAAGCACCCGACCAACAUUCCUGCCAGUUUUAAUACUUUACCCCAGCCUGAAGGAGAUGUUGGAAUUACAACAAAUAAAUCUGAGCAUGCAAAAAAUCUCCCGUCCAAUGCACAGCCUGCACCGCAGCCUCCUCUUGCCAACGAGAGAAAAACUUUCUGCACGACGGAAAAUAAAUUGGGAGAGGUGGAGGGAAGCAAAGAGUACGGGACGUUUAAAAAUGCAGCUCCUGUACCAGCGGUUAACGCUGCCUUCCGUGCGGAUUGUGCGCUGCCCCAGACGGAUGGUUCUGCAGUUGUUCAUGGCACUUUGACACCUUCCCAUUGCACAGACGCAUUAUCUACUCACAGUGCUUUGAAGUGUACAGUGGAGCAAAAUAAUGCCACGGGCAACUGGACCUCCAUGAGCCAGACUACCGUUAUACUGGGGACAGAUGGUAACACUUCAGUUCUACCUGGCACGGUGAACCGGGAUGACGAUGAUGAAGAAGGGGAUGAGAACAAAGUCAGGGGAAACUGGUCAAAUAAACUCGAUUUCAUUCUCUCUAUGGUUGGCUACGCUGUCGGUUUGGGUAACGUGUGGAGGUUCCCUUAUCUAGCCUUCCAAAAUGGAGGAGGUGCUUUUUUAAUACCUUACCUGAUAAUGCUGUGCCUAGCGGGAAUCCCCAUAUUUUUACUCGAAGUGUCCCUGGGUCAAUUCGCCAGCCAGGGCCCCGUGUCCGUAUGGAAAGCUAUCCCGUCGCUUCAAGGUUGCGGGAUUGCCAUGUUGAUUAUAUCAGUCUUAAUAGCCAUAUACUAUAAUAUAAUCAUGUGCUGGACAUUGUACUACCUGUUCGCUUCCUUGAAGGGCUCACUACCCUGGGCUACUUGUAAGAAUUCUUGGAAUACCAUGGACUGUAAAGACAAAGACAUGCUUCUCUUAGACUCCUGUAUUCUCCGGGAGAGGAAUAUCACGUCAAUUAGGAACACAACCUUCUGUUUGUCACCUAAUGUCAUUGGAAAUUUGAGCAAGCUCACAAACAUAACAUCAGAAAACAAAACCUAUGUGAGUCCCAGUGAAGAAUAUUUCAAGUACAACGUACUCCACAUUUCUAAAGGGAUUGAGUAUACAGGGGAUAUUCGUUGGCCUUUAGCUCUUUGCUUGUUCCUGGCUUGGGUCAUAGUCUACGCAUCUCUGGCAAAAGGAAUCAAAUCCUCUGGAAAGGUUGUUUAUUUCACAGCAACGUUCCCCUACGUGGUGCUGGUCAUUCUGCUGGUGCGGGGAGUCACCCUGCCAGGGGCCGGAUCCGGCAUCCUCUAUUUCAUAACACCCAAAUGGGAGAAGCUGAAUGAUGCAAAGGUCUGGAAGGAUGCUGCUACUCAAAUUUUCUUCUCCCUGUCUGCAGCCUGGGGUGGACUCAUCACUCUGUCUUCCUACAACAAAUUCCACAACAACUGUUACAGAGACACGAUUAUCGUGACUUGCACAAACAGUGCCACCAGCAUAUUUGCAGGAUUUGUCAUCUUCUCUGUGAUUGGAUUCAUGGCACAUGAGUUGAAGGUGCCUAUCGAGAAGGUCGCUGAUGAAGGUCCUGGCAUCGCGUUUGUGGUGUACCCGGAGGCUCUCACCAGGCUGCCAGUCUCUCCCUUCUGGGCCAUCAUUUUCUUCCUCAUGCUGCUCACACUAGGACUAGAUACUAUGUUUGCUACCAUCGAGACCAUUGUCACAUCGGUCUCCGAUGAAUUUCCCAAGUAUCUGCGCAAACACAAGACAUUCUUUACCCUGGCAUGCUGUCUCUCCUUCUUCUUGCUGGGCUUCCCUAUGAUUACGGAGAGUGGGAUGUAUAUGCUGCAGCUGGUGGACACCUUUGCCGCCUCCUACUCCCUAGUCAUCAUUGCUAUUUUUGAAUUGAUUGGAGUCUCAUACAUCUAUGGAUUGCAGAGGUUCUGUGAAGAUAUUGAGAUGAUGAUUGGAUUCCAGCCAAACAAGUUCUGGCGAAUCUGUUGGGCCUUUGUGACACCAACUAUUCUUACAUUCAUUCUGGCUUUGAGUUUGUACCAGUGGAAGGUGAUGACCUAUGAGGACUACACCUACCCAACAUGGUCUAUGGUUAUGGGCUGGCUGAUGGUGAUUUGUUCUGUCAUCUGGAUCCCCAUCAUGUUUGUCAUCAAAAUGCAUUUGGCACCAGGAACUUUCAUUGAGCGCCUGAAGCUGGUGUGCUCCCCUCAACCAGACUGGGGCCCAUUCCUGAUGAAGCACCGUGGAGAGCGCUAUAAGAACAUGAUAGAUCCCCUGGGGACCAACUCACUGGGACUCAAGCUUCCGCCCAAGGAUUUUGAGCUGGGCUCCCAGUACAUGUAGUUGCCGCUGUGACUUGUGGGUUGCUUGAGUCUCUCUUUCUUCUCUCAAACCAAUUUCCUUCUCUCUAAUAGGGUUCAUGAUUAAUUAUGUCAUAUGGUUGAAAACACUUCCUUCCAUUUGAGCAUUUUCCUGUAGCAAUGUUGUUCAACAUAUCUUCCCAUGAGAGACUUAGCUAACAAUAUAACACCUUUGCUUAAGAAGCGAAAAUGUGUUAAUGUUCAAAGCACAUAAAUCUAUCUAUCUAUCUAUCUAUCUAUCUAUCUAUCUAUCUAUCUAUCUAUCUAUCUAUCUAUCUAUCUAUCCCUGCCUGUCCAUCUGUCUGCCUGUCUAUCUAUCUGUCUUACAAUUGUUCAAUUAUUUUUUCCCCCACAACUAAUUUUACAGGCACUGGUAGCAAAAACCCGAUUACCUGACAAAUUACUGAAUAUUUAAAAAUAUACCUUUAAAAUCUAUGGUACCUCUUUUGUUCAAAUUGUGGAUUAGAUUAAAUUAAAUAUCGAUGCCUGAGGAAUUCCUUGGGAGUCUAGCACAAAAAAAAUAAUGGAGAGCUCCCAGGUUGAAUGGUAUCUCAGUUAUACUGCAAUUUGUGUCUGCCUUGCGUAAAAACAGUUUUACAUAAUGCUGUUUUUAUUGUUUUUACUUGAAACCUGUUUGUCAUGGGUACUCCAGUAGAGUGUAGACACACCAUUGUCUCCUCUAGGGGUAAAUACUGUGCCCUUGGCCUUUUCACUUGGUGAGUAAUACUCUCUGUCUCUACUUUGAUAGUUUAGGAUGCACUGUUGUAGCUUCAUCUUUUUUUCUUUCUUUUUUUUUUUAAAGACAAAAGCAGCAUUCAACUGUACGUUGCAACUUUAAAUAUAACCAAUGGCCAUAUAUAUGUGNAAUAUAGAGUCUGUUGUUCAAUGGUCUAUGUUGUGGUCUCUUUCUGGCAUUUGUGAGUCAUCUUCCCACUCAUCUAUGUAAUGUUAGUAGGGUUAAAAAAAAAAUUAAGCGAGAAUGAGUAUGAUUCUGAAUUGCAAGUCGACUGUAUAAUUGUAUGUUGUAAAAAUUUACACUUUUUAAAAAGUGUUCAUGUAGUGUGUGCAGAUGUACUCUCAUCCUUAUGAAUAUCUGAGCAACUGUCAGAGAUAGUGAGAUAGUAUAGAAUAGCUUAGAAAGUUUUUACUGGAACUCGCUUGGUCUGAGAUACUGUUGUGGACUUUGGGGGACCGCUUUGCCAUGAAAUAUUUGUCUGUCUUUCAUGUAAUAGGGUCUCAGGUAAACAGAUUCAUCAGCUACAUCUGUAGGUGUUGAGUGUAUACCAUCAGCAUUCAGGACAAGAUGAGUGAUUACACAUUUUUCAAGUGUCACAUUGUGUACUAAUAUUAAAAAAGAAAACAUAAAAAUUUCAAGACACAAUGUUGACAUGGAAAACAGACGUGUUGUGUUCUAUGUGAAUCAGCUUAAUGUUUUUAAAAUAAUCUAUUUAGCUUGUAUAUAAUAUCAGCAUUGGCCAGCGAAAUCCUGUUUUAUCAGGCAAGAUUGCCUGAAUAGGGUCGACUUCAAGCUAAGCAGAACUGGGGAAAGUCACCCCUCAGGCCUUUGUCUUUGUGUAUACUCAGAAAUGAGCAAUGAUUCUUAUCAAUAUUGUUCAUUUUGUAGUUAAACUAGCCUAUUUUUUCAAUGUACAUGAUACCCUGUCUUCCCUAAGGAGGUUGCUGUCAUUUUUUUUUCUAUGGAUAAUGUAAUUUGCUCUGAUUCCUGAAAUAUCAAGGAGUCAGUGGUUUGAAGAGUGUGCUUGGAAGAAGUAUCACAGCAGAUAUGACUAGUGAUGAGGAUGUUCUGAUUGCCAUAUGCUGUUGUGUUAAUGAAGCACUCUAUAAAAUAUGAUUUUUUUCCCUCUUAUCGUGUAACACGGUAAAAAAAAAAAGAGAGGAUAAUAGAAAAAAUGGAAUCCCAGUUGUUGAUGCACUUAUAAUGAUGUGCCACCUUUAUUUAUGGACAUGUGUUUUAACUGAUUCUCUUGUGUGUCUAUAAAUGUUUCUUGCUGGUAUUAUUGUCUUUACUAUCUUCCCCCAGCCUCCCAGCACUGGGAAACAAACCACUGAGUUGGAAGAUAACUGAAUGUGCAAUGGAAGGCUGUGUGAAAUAUAUCAUUGGGAUUGUUCAAAUAGUCUGUCCAAUGAGCAGACAAUGGAGAAGUGUCCUCUAUGCACAGGCACUGCUUCACAGAAGACAGGGUUCCACGCCAUGCAUUUUGCUAAAAAGCUCCCAAACCCUCUAACUACUUGACAAAAGUCAGUUAUCUAUAGAAUCGGCAAAAUGUUUAUGGGUAGAGACAGCAAACCUUGUGUUACUGUGAAUCCAAUUUUUUCUUCUUUCCUGAAAUUUAUAGCUUACAUGGAGCCACUUUCAGCACUCUUAGGCCCUCAAGUUGUCAGGCUUGAAUAUAAGUUGUCAGGCUUCUUUGUCAUGCGGUUUAUGUCACAGAUGGCAAAUGUAUGCUUGCAUUUUCACCCCCCUUCCCCCUUGCAUGUGUCAAUCCAGCCAUUGCUCUUGUAGACAUCAGUACCUCCUCAGAUUACUGGCAUGCAGAAAAGUUAUUGUUCAUCCUAGUAUUUGCAUUCAUAUAAUGUGUGUUGUUUUUAUGCCUAUAAGUCAACUUUAGGCAGUAGAUAACCAAAGAAGGAACGCUUUAUGAAGGGUUUAAAGACAAAAAAAAGAGAAAAUUGGCAUGUCAGAAAGACUGAGAUACUGCCAGUCACUUUCCAUUAGUGUUUGUUGAUGAUUGCCAACAUGCCACAAUGCAUCUUCAGGUAACCAUUGGCCUUAUAGAUGUCUUCUAAUUUUAGAAUAUUGUGUGUAUUUCAAUAUAAAAAUACAGAGUAGCCUAUAGUCUGCAAUAUAUAGCUAAAUAAAAAAAAUGUCACUUAUCUAGUGUAUGUUGUGUCUUUUGGGCACUUAAUUGUGGACCUAUCAGUGUAUAGGUUAAAUUUCUAAUUACUUGCGUAAUGUCAUAUGUGUGUUCUAUGUGGGGUACUGCUGCCUAUGGAUAUAGAUAUGUACCUCCUACAAACCAUGACAUCAACUAGUUUACCAUAUAGACUAUCACCAUAUACUAUAAACAUACAUAUAUAUAUAAAUAUAUAAAAAUAUAAAGUUUUGAAUCUUGUGCCAGAAAAGAGAAAAGAAUCAUAUAUUACAUGUGAAAUGCAUUAUUUCAAAAUGUCAUUAAUUCUUGAGGCCCUACCUCAGAUUUUCUAUUUAUGUAUACAAAUUGCAAUUUAUGUAUAAUAUCUUUGCCUAUAUUAUAAUGUCAUAAAUUAGAAUUUAUCCUAUAAUGUAUAACUUCUCAAAUCACUAAAUAAAUGUCAAUGUUUUCAACAUCA